CACUUCUUGUGAACACCGGAAUCGCGCUCUCGAUGAAGAUAGCUGCCGAUCAUGCCUAAGUUUUACUGUGAUUACUGUGACACCUACCUUACACAUGAUUCGCCAUCGGUGAGGAAAACCCACUGCAGUGGCCGAAAACACAAAGAAAAUGUCAAAGAUUACUAUCAGAAAUGGAUGGAGGAGCAGGCGCAGAGCCUGAUCGAUAAAACAACGGCUGCCUUUCAACAGGGAAAGAUUCCUCCCACACCGUUCCCUGGUGGGCCUCCCCCAGGUGGUCCUCCUCGCCCCGGCAUGCUACCAACACCCCCAAUGGGAGGUCCGCCCAUGAUGCCCAUGAUGGGGCCUCCACCACAUGGAAUGAUGCCCGGUGGACCUGGAGGCAUGAGGCCGCCGAUGGGAGGACCCAUGCAGAUGAUGCCAGGACCACCACACAUGAUGCGUCAUCCCCGGCCGAUGAUGAUGCCAGUCAGGCCGGGCAUGAUGCGACCAGACAGAUAAGAGCGAGCGGAUUUUCUCAGUUUCGUUUUAAAGAUGUUUUUUUAACACCGUCUCUUGUGCUGGUGUCAAGAUUUAAAUAUCUCGUCUGACUACGGCGAACCGUUCAGCACGCACAUUUAAAGAGCGUUUUUGAUUUGACUAUUUGUUACUAUGUUUUUGCUUUGUUUUAGGUUUUAAUGUUGUAUUUCAUUGCAUUGCUUUGAUAAAUAAAACCGUGAUUUCAGUCCA